ACUGUCAAAACAUUUGGUUGAAGGCAGUUCUAUUAGACAAUGUUUAACAAUAUCUGCACAACCUCAUGUGGCUUGGUUUGCCAGGAAAGUGGACAGGAAGUUGCACUGAAGAGUAUAACAGUAAAUGUUACAGUAGGUCACAUGAUCAGUCAUGUGGAAUCAGUCCUGUCAUACAAAAAUGAAAAACCAAAUGCCAUUGAGGCUCUAUUCAAAUUUCCAUUGGAUGAGGGAAGUGCUAUCUACAAAAUGGAGGCAGAGAUUGAUGGCAGAAGAAUCGUUGCAGAAUGUCAAGAAAAAAUUCAGGCACAACAAACCUAUGAUGAAGCAAAAGCCAAAGGAAUGACAACUUUUCUUCUUAGAGAAGAUGAAAACUCUGGUGAUAUAUUUAAGUGUUUCCUUGGAAACCUUCCAUCUCAGAAAGAGGCUAAGCUGACUAUUGCAUAUGUCUCAGAACUACAAAGGGAGAUAAAUCGAGCAGUUAAGCUUACACUACCAACCGUACUGAAUCCAAGAUAUCAUCAAGCUUCUUCAAUACAAAAUAGAGAUACUGGUUUCUCAAGCUUUGGAUUUUCUGCAAAUCCACUUCAACAACAACCAGAACAAUUUACAGAGUCAGGAAAGGGAAGUUACUCAUUCAGCCUCACUAUCAGUAUCCAAUCACAAUUCAGAAUUGACAAAAUUGAAUCAGAAACUCCAGAAGUAACAGUAUCAAUAGAAAAACCAGAUAAACUCAGUGCACAGGCCUCCUAUGCUACUGAAGAUUGUAAACUAUCCACAGAUCUGACAUUGUACAUACAGUACGAAGAUGACAGUCAACCAACAGCUAUCAUCGAAAGAGGAUCAGCAGGUCAAGAUGGUAUAAUGAAAUCUGACAUGUUGCUGCUGAAUUUUUACCCAGAAUUCCAAGAGAUCACCAGUAAAUGUGGAGAAUUUAUAUUUGUGAUUGACAGGUCUGGUAGUAUGGCAGGUUCCAACAUAUUGAAUGCAGUUCAAACUUUGAUGUUACUGGUGAAAAGUUUACGAGUUGGUUGUUAUUUUAAUAUUGUUAGUUUUGGCAGUUCAUACAGUACAUUGUUUCAAAGGAGUGUUAUUUACAACAAAGAGAACAUGACAUUAGCUGUCAAUCAUAUCAGUUCAAUAGAGGCUAAUAUGGGUGGAACUGAACUAAACAAUCCAUUGCUGAAAGUCUUUAAUGAACCAUUAGUCCAAGGACAUCCAAGACAGUUAUUUGUUAUCACUGAUGGUGCAAUCAAAAAUGUUAAUCAGACUUUAGAACUUGUGAAGAAGAACUCUAAACAGUCCAGAGUGUUUGCGGUAGGAAUAGGACAAGGGGCGUCAACAGCACUAGUGAAAGGUUUAGCUAGAGCAGGACAUGGGAGGUAUGAGUUUGUGCAGGGGCAAGAUAGACUACAGCAAAAGGUCAUGGGGCUGAUGAAGUUUUCACUACAACCAGAGUUGACAGAUUUGACAUUAGGCUGGAAUUUCUCACCAAAUGAACAUGUGUCAGCUGUUACGAUACCUGAGAAACUACCUACCGUGUUCGUUGGAGAAAUGGUAACUUUGUAUGCUAUUAUUACAGGAGCAGAAAGACAGGAAAUAGUUGGAGGGACAGUUAAAAUGACAGGGAAUUUAGGAGAAUUACCAUUUGAAUACAUAUUAGAAUUUGAAGGUCAAGGUCAAGUUAAUGAAACAACAGUAGCAGCACCUAUACACAGAUUAGCAGCAAAGGCUUUUGUUAAAGAUCUCGAAAUUGAAGAAAUGGCAAAUGAUAGCAUAGAUAAGAAGUCUGACAUAGUUUUAGUGAGUGUAGCAGCUAACAUUAUUAGUAAAUACACAUCAUUUGUGGGAGUGGAUAAAGAGUCUAAAGUACCAGUUAUUCAGCCAGUACAAAUAGAACCACCAGUUCAAGGUUUUUCUUUUGGAGCAAGUCCAUGGCCAGGAACAGCUUGUUUUGGAUCUGGUAAUUUCAACUCUCAACAAAGAGCACUAUUUGGAAGUUCUCAGCCUACUUUUGGAGCAGCACCAGCUUCUACGGGAGGUCUAUUUGGAACUGCUGGAGUAGGUUCAACUGGAAGUAAUCAAUUAAUUUAUGGAGGUGCACCUCCUGGAUUUGGUGGAGGAGGUUUAUUUGGAAGUGCUCAAUCAGCACCCCCUCCUGGAAGUGCCAUACCAAUGUUUGGAGGUUCAGCAAAUAACAAUUUUUUUGGAAACAGUCAACCCCAAGGAUCCAGUUUUGGAGUACAAGGGAACUACACUUCUAAAUCAGCACCAUCUUCUAAAAGUGCUGUACCAACUUUUGGAGGUUCCGCAAAUAACAAUUUAUUUGGAAACAGCCAACACAAAGGAUUCAGUUUUGGAGCACAGCAUCAGAACAUAAACAUGAUGGCUGGGAGUACCCAAGGCAGUUCUUUGUUUGGUUGUAAACAGGCAUCUGCAGGGUUUGGAGGAAUUGCACCAUCAAGUGGAUUGUUUGGAAGUAGUUCUUCAGGUGGAUUCGGAGUACAGAAUCAGUCCAAAAUGUCAGCCAUGUUUCAAGAUGAAAUGAUUGCUGUUAUAAGUCUUCAAGACUUUGAGGGUUCAUGGACGUCAUCAGACCAGCUUAUAGAACUAAUUAAGAUUCCUCAGGCGUUAACUCAACCACCCGAAGGAAUUGAUGGAAUUUGCUGGAUGACAUGCCUCGUCUUAGCAUGGUUGGAAUAUAAACAAAGCAACAGGAAAGAUGAAUGGGAGUUGUUAUAUAACAAAGCUGCUGAUUGGUUAAUCUCUGAAAUAGGAGCAGAGCCAUUGGCUACCCUGAAAACAUUAGCAUUGGAAGAGAUGAAACAAUUAUAAAUAUUUACUAAAGCCUAAAUAUCCAUAUUGAUAGGAGGGGCUACAAUAGGGUGUAAUGGCAGGUUUAAAGUUUUCUACAGCACUUGGCUAAGCAAAAUAUAUAUUAGGUAGUUGUAAAUUGAUCUGAUUCUCAGUUUUAAACAUUUAUAAAAGUUAAGGUCUUUUUGAAUGAGAUGUCAAGUCACUAGAUGGCAGGCCAAACCUUCAAUGUCUCUGGUCAGUUUUGAAAUGUAAGAUCCACAUAUUAGAUAUAUUGUAAACGUUGAAAGUUUUGAGAAAGAUAUCCCGUUGUGUAAAUUUUAUCUUCAAAAAAGUAGAUUGAAAUCGGGGAUUAGAGGGAAUGUCAAACAAAAAUCCUAGAUAACAGAUUUCGUCCAGAAACAGUGAAACAAAAACAGUGUCAUGACACUAAUUUAGAAAUUUGAUAUUUUACCUCUUUUUCUGAUAUCAAGGGGAACUAAUUUAAGAAAGAGGAUUCAUAAAAGUAAAAAUAUAUGAAAAUUAAAAAAAAAAAGGGAUUGUCUUAGAAUAAUGUUCAAAUAAAAAUUUGUUAUAUUGUGGUAAUCAAAGAACAUUGUUUAAUUUUAUAUUGACAGUUUGAUAAUCCUUCUUAUUCAUAUAUUCAAGGUAAAUAGAACAUUUUCUCUGAAAAUUGACAUAAAAACAUUUUAAGUAAAAUCAAACUUUUAGACAUUGUUAUACACUGACUUGCCUUGCACACGAAAUUCACUUCUUUUGGAUUCCUUCAUUUCAACUUUUUGAUCGAAAAUUUAUAUUUAAAUUAUCUGCAACGUAUACAUGUAGUGCAUCUAAAUUGAUAAAUAGUUUUAAAAAAAUUGCCAAAAAAUGUAAAUAAAUUUGUUUCCUGAAUCAGUGUACAUAGUUAUAGAAUUAAUAUAUAAUAUAUUAUAUGGAGCUUCGUUUUCAUUGGUUGUAUUCAAUUGAAUGUAUGAUUUUUUUGUCGAUUUAUUUUAAGGAAAAUUGACGUUUAUAGCAUAUCAAUCUGCAAUUAUCUCUCAAAAGUAUAUAUGCUUUAUAUUUUUUUUCUCACUCUGCUCUAUUCUUUUUAGAUUGGAACGCCAUUAUUCUCUUUCCUUUAUUUACUUUCGCCUAUUUCCCUCUUCUUUCUUUCUUUUUUUUUGCUCAUUUUAUGCUGUAGAGGCUCAUUAUAAUCAAUGCUGGAAAUUCCAUUCAGACCAUCUUAAAAGACUAUUUUGAAGCAUGUAUGUUCAAUUUUACUUCUUACUUACACAUGUACAGUGGGUGAUAACAUUUGCCUCAUACUUUAUAAUAAUCUGUUUUUCUUUUUUAUACGACUGUUAUUUUUAAUUUAACCUAAUACUUAUAUAACACAUGUUCCAUAUGAUAAGGCACAUCUAUAUUUGUUUUCAAUAAUAAUUAUUUAAACAAUUAAUUGUUGUAGUUGGAUUUUUAAUUUAUAAGAUAUGGUGUAUAACCUAAUUAAUCAAGGGAAGUAACCAUGGUUCUGUUAUGUACAUUAAUUUGAUAAUUUUUAUUGUUAAGUUAAGAGUUUAUAUUAUAUUUUUUUUAUUAUUUAAUUAAUUUUAAUUAGUGCAUGUACAAUAUAUGUCUAUCUAAUUAUAAGUUUUGUUAUAACUAUUUAGUAUAUUGUUAUGUUGUUAUGUUCAAAGGAUGUACUUGUGAGGUUUCGAAAUAAGUGUUAAAUAUAUGGACUCUUCAGUUUCUUUCCUUACGAUACAAGGUAAAAUAUUUUACCCCAUAAAACCUAUUUAUCUUUUGACAUAAGAUUUGAUAGCUCAUAAAAGGGGGGGAGGGGGUUCGUAGUGGUCCUGAUCCAGAAAUCCUGGGCUUAAAAACAUGAAAUCAUGAGGUCCCUUUUAAAAGGUCAUUUAACAAAAUGUAAGCAGAUUCUUGAUUUUUUUUUGUUGAUAUGAGACCCAAAUACUGGUAUUACCAAUGCAAAUAUAAGAUAAAAGUCUAUGCAAGUCAGUCUUUUCCCGCCAUAUUUUAUAAAUCAAAUAUCUCAAAAAGGAGCUCCAUGACCUAUCAAUAUUUUAAGCUUACUUUGAACCUUAACUAACAUUCUUCCAUCUUAAAGUAUCAAUUUUGAAUUCCUGAUUUAUUUAAUUUUACCUUAGAUCACCUAAGUACAUCCUUAAGUCAAAGGUUGUUUGCACCCUGUUUUUUAUGCCCCACCUACGAUAGUAGAGGGGCAUUAUGUUGUCUGGUCUGUGCCUCCGUUCGUUCGUUCGUCCGUUCGUUCGUCCCGCUUCAGGUUAAAGUUUUUGGUUGAGGUAGUUUUUGAUGAAGUUGAAGUCCAAUCAACUUGAAACUUAGUAUACAUGUUAACUAUGAUAUGAUCUUUCUAGUUUUAAUGUCAAAUUAAAGUAUUGACCCCAAUUUCAUGGUCCACUGAACAAAGAUAGUGUGAAGCUCAGGUUAAAGUUUUUGGUCAAGGUAGUUUUUGAUGAAGUUGAAGUCCAAUCAACUUGAAACUUAAUAUACAUGUUAACUAUGAUAUGAUCUUUCUAAUUUUAAUGCCAAAUUAAAGUAUUGACCCCAAUUUCACGGUUCAGUGAACAUGUAAAAUGAUAGUGUGAGUGGGGCAUCCGUGUACUAUGGACACAUUCUUGUUUAAACAUAAAAUGUACAUUACAUGUCUUAUUGUUUAGUUUUGUUAUAAUUAUAAAUGUUAUUUUAUAAGCAAAAUAAACCUGAAAAAGAUAUUGUGUUUGAAGUUUCA